AACCCUAAAUUUCACAUGUCACUACGAAGAAUUUUUGAAGCAGAUGUGUUAUUUUUCUCUGUAAUUGUUGAUAUUUUUUUCUCGAAAUUCUGGAAAUUUUGAAGCUCUGUGUAGCGUCUGCAAUGGUGGAGAUUUGAGCUUCAUCACUGUGUUUUCUUUGGACAAGAAGUUCCACUUCUGCGAUUGUACUGCUGGAUUUCUCGUCUGUUUUGUCAUUUUAGAGAAAAAGGUUUUGAGCUGUUGAAGUUUUCUGUAGAUUGCAAUUUUUCUUUUUGAGCUCGAACGUCAUUGUUGUACUAUUUCUGGGUUUCUUUGUCCUGGAUUCAAAUCUAUUCCUCUGCAGAAAGAAACAACAUUCGGGAUUGUAUUUAUUAUUUCUCUAAUUUUUGGGGGUUGAAAAAGGUUUGAAAUCUUCAAUGGGUGGGGUUUAAACAUUUUUUUGGCGGUUUUGGUGUUUCUUUUGUAUUUUUUUUUUCUCUGAUUCAUAUAAAUGGAGGAAAAGGAGAGUUUUGCUUCUGGGUUUGUGCUGAAGGAUAACGAUGCCCCGGACAGCUUCCAUGUAGCUCCGAGGAAUGAAAACUCCGGUCAGUUCCCCGGCGGGACCGAACCUGCGGCUCAGGCACCUGUAAGUGCUCCAGCGACAGUGAUGGGGACCGUGACUUCAGGUACGAAUGUUAAGAAGAAGAGAGGGAGGCCAAGGAAGUAUGGUCCUGAUGGAAUGGCGUUGGCGUUGUCUCCGAUGCCGAUUUCGUCGUCAAUUCCGUUGACCGGUGACUUCUCGGGUUGGAAGAGGGGUCGAGGGCGCUCUGUUGAAUCGAUGAAGAAGUCGUUUAAUAAGUGUGACUUGGAAAGCUCAGGACCAGGUAAUGGACUUGCAUACUCGGUUGGUGCCAAUUUUACACCCCAUAUACUCAUAGUUAAUGCUGGCGAGGAUGUUAACAUGAAGGUUAUGUCCUUCUCUCAACAAGGAUCCCGAGCCAUUUGCAUUCUUUCUGCAAAUGGCAUGAUUUCAAAUGUAACACUUCGACAACCAACUUCCUCUGGUGGUACUUUAACAUAUGAGGGACGAUUUGAGAUUCUUUCUUUGUCUGGUUCAUAUAUGCCAACUGAAAACGGAGUGGCAAGGAGCAGAUCUGGUGGAAUGAGUGUCUCUUUGGCAGGUCCAGAUGGUCGAGUGGUUGGGGGUGGACUUGCUGGUCUGUUGGUUGCUGCAGGCCCUGUACAGGUUGUCGUGGGCAGUUUCCUUCCAGGUCACCAGCAGGAGCACAAAAACAAGAAGCAGAAGAUGGAGUUUAUAUCUACCAUCACACCUCCCCAUUUUAGUCCUGUCUCUGAUCAAGAAUUGUAUGUUAGUUUUGGAGGAGUAAAGCCUAUUCUAACACCUGCUGCUUUUCAAGGAGACAAUGUUACUUGUUUUAACAAUGUACAAGGCUCUAGGGACUCCUCGGCAUCACCUUUUCCUGAAAAGGAGUCUAAUGCCAGCCUAUCAAAUGCUGGGAUUCCUAGUUAAACAUGGCUUCUGGUUCCAGAUCGAAGGACCUUGAUAGUCAGAUGAGUGUUUUUAACUGUUGUACCCAUAAACCUUAGGUUUUAGGAAAUAUGUUUGUUGGUAGGUUUUCAUAUGUCUGUUCUUAUGAUGCAUCUGUAGUGUAACAAUUAAUGUAGGAAACAUGUGCCAAUUUUCUUUCCCUUGCAUUAUUUCUUUAUGACUGAAAGGUUGAGUGGAUGCGGGUGUCUUCUGAACUGUAACACUAGAUGUCAUCUGUUGAAAGAAAAAAUUGCAUCUAGGUUUUCCUCCUUA